AAAUAUAUUCAACAAGCGCCGCUUUAAUACCGCCUUUUUGCGUAAAAAAGAUCGAGAGCGAUGUCGAAGCACACCGGCGGCGAAUCUCGCAGCAACAGAGCCGCUGUUCAGGCCACCAACGACGAUGCUUCUGCUAGUAAACUCUCUUGCAUCAAGAAAGGAUACAUGAAAGAUGAUUACAUUCAUUUGUUCGUUAAAAGGCCUAUAAGGAGAUCUCCAAUAAUUAAUCGUGGUUAUUUUGCACGUUGGGCUGCUUUCCGUAAGCUUCUAUAUCAGUUUCUGAAUUGUGAAUACCGUGACGGAAGCCUUCCAAAGAAGCAGAUAUUGUCUCUUGGAGCUGGCUUUGAUACAACCUUCUUUAAUUUGCAGGAUGAUGGUAAAGCACCACAUAUGUAUGUAGAACUUGAUUUCAAGGAGGUGACUUGUAAGAAGGCAGCUCUCAUUGAAAGCAAUGCACAGCUAAGGGACAAAGUUGGGGUAUCUGCAUCAAUUUCUCGAGAGAAGGGAGAAAUAAUUGGUGAUCACUAUAAAUUACUUCCUGUUGACUUGCGUGAAAUUGAUAAGUUAGAUCAUAUCUUAAAGCUGGCUGAUUUAGAUCCAAGCUUGCCAACAUUUAUAAUUGCAGAAUGCGUUUUAAUAUACUUGGAUCCAGAAUCAAGUCGCAGUCUAGUUGGUUGGGCUUCAAAAACAUUUUCCACAGCAAUAUUCUUCUUGUAUGAACAGAUUCAUCCGGAUGAUGCUUUUGGUCAGCAGAUGAUCAUGAAUUUGGAGAGUCGAGGCUGUGCUCUACUUGGCAUAAAUGAUACACCAACCUUACUUGCAAAGGAAAAACUUUUUCUAGACCAGGGAUGGCAGAGGGCUACUGCUUGGGACAUGCUAAAAGUGUACAGAAGUUUUAUUGAAGCUCAAGAAAAGCGAAGGAUAGAACGGUUGGAGUUGUUUGAUGAAUUUGAAGAAUGGCAUAUGAUGCAGGAGCACUACUGUGUGGCUUAUGCAAUCAAUGAUGCUAUGGGUCUAUUUGUGGAUUUUGGUUUUCCCAAAGAUGAGAUCUUGUCUGGUUCCCCAUCAACGGGCUCCCCAAUGAAAUCCCAAAUCUCUUCCUAGUUGAUGUUCUUGAACAGAAAUUCAGAAGAUUGCAUGAUCUUUUGGUAUUGUGUGAAGCAAAUGGUACCAGUUCCAUUGGAUCUCAGGUACAGAAGUGGUCUCUCAGCUAGUUACACAAAUAGCCCUACCCAUAUUACCCAGAGACAAUGAUGUUUGUGGAUUUACUUGUCUGUAUUUUUUUUGACCUCAAAUGAGCUACUCUUCUUUUUUGCUAGCUGUUUAGCAAUGAAAACAUGGUAGGACCUUUAUAUCUCAAAGAUGACUCGUCCCAUGGAUUCUGUUAUCUUCAACUUGCAUGUGUUGGGUUCUUGUUAUAAAUGAUGUUCAUUCCCUCUUUUCUUA